GCCUAAUGUAAUCUAACCCAACCUAUACAUUCAUAGUUUACAGUGCAAUUAUAAGAAUUUUUGAAAAAUUAUGUAGAAUCAUUAAGGUGCCUUCAUCAACCACCACUGCGUGUGCCGGUUAGGUACGGCAUUGGCAACAAGCUGACGCAUGCGCAUAAAGCUCUCGCGUGAGAUAAAAUCUCACGUGUGCCCAACACUGUUUAGGAGCUUCAAUAGAAGGGGGAUGAAAAGUCUCUAGAAAAAUUGCAUCUUUUUAAUAAAUACAAAUGACAUAAUUAAAGGAUUUAACACUGAAUUAUAUAUGAACAUAUACUGUUCAGCAUAAUACUAUACACAUAUUAUCUUCAUUGACUUUUUUUAUAUUAGUGCGCAUGUGUUAUUAAACAAAGCAAGAAAUCCAAAUAUAGUAUUUCUGUUGAUUAACGUAGUUAAAAUUCGUUUUGAAUUGAAUGUGAUUUGAAAACCUCAUGUUUUUAUGGAAACGAAUUGCACUGUCACGAAAGAUUGCAUCCUAGUAUAUUUAUUAAAAGUGCAUAUAUUUUUCAAUAUGCAUAAAAUAGUUUAUAAAUAUAUCUUAAAACAUUUAUAAUACAUAUAAUCGUCAUCAUAAUACAAGUAAAGUGGAAUAAUGGUUGAAACUGCUUGUGAUCCCACAAUAGAAAGGCAUUUUAAAGGUCAUGAAAAUACUAUUACAAGUUUAUGUUUUCAUCCUGAGACUACUCAACUUGCAUCAAGCAGUUUGGAUAAGACUAUAAUACUAUGGAAUUUAAAAGAAUCUGUAAGAGCAUACAGAUUUCAAGGACAUAAAGAUGCUAUAUUUGAUGUUACUUAUGCACCAUCGGGGGAAAUUAUAGCUACUGCAUCUAGAGAUAGAUCAGUUAGAAUUUGGGUCCCUAAAGUAACAGGUCAAUGUAUAGACUUCAAAGCUCAUUUAGGAGCUGUCAGAUCUGUACAGUUCAGCCCAGAUGGAGAGAAGUUACUUACUGCAUCAGAUGAUAAAACUAUAAAAUUAUGGACAGUAUGUCAAAGAAAAUUUCUCAUGUCAUUUGUAAGUCAUACAAGUUGGGUCAGAUGUGCUAAAUUUUCUUUGGAUGGUAGGCUUAUAAUCUCUUGUAGCGAUGAUAAAACAAUAAAAUUAUGGGAUAUUACUAGUGGGCGAUGUAUUCAAACGUUUAGCGAUAUAAAAGCUUAUUCUACAUAUGCGGAAUUUCAUCCAAGUGGGUCUGUUAUUGGAUCUGCAAAUAUGGCUGGUUGUAUAAAAUUAUAUGAUUUGCGUACUGCUUCUUUAUAUCAACAUUAUGCAACUCACAAAGGACCUGUAAACAUGGUAAAAUUUCAUCCACAAGGCAAUUUCAUGUUAACUGCUUCUAGUGAUUCUACUAUGAAGGUUUUAGAUUUGCUAGAGGGCCGUCCAAUUUACACACUUAAAGGACAUGUUACUGGCACAAGUGUAACAUCAAUAACAUUCUCUUCUAAUGGAGAAUUUUUUGCUUCUGGUGGAGCCGAUCAACAGUUGUUAAUGUGGAAAACUAAUUUUGAUAAGGACGAUAUUGCUCGUAAAAUUCCGCGACAGCUAAUUCCAUCUGUUUCAGAAUCAGAUUUCAGCACUGAUGAUGAAAAAUCUAAACAGGCGGAUGUUUUUGAAGGGAACGAAGAAAUGUUGAAAAUACCAUUGCUUGAAAAAUUUGAUAAUGUAAAUGUUCAAGUUGAGAAAAGUAAAUGUGAAGCACCUGAUUCUGGAGCUUUAAGAAAGAAUAUGAAACCUGAAGUAAUUAAUAUGAGAAACCAAAAACCUAUUGAAGAAGGCCGUGUUGUAAAUAUAUCACAUUUAUUUAAACAAUUUCCUGAUACACAUCCAAAUAAUGUAGUAGAUGCACUUAAUGAAGAAGUGCAGUCAUUACAAGAUGCUGUUAUGAACUUAGAAGAACGUUUAACAAUACUAGAAGAAGAAUUAAAAAAGUAAACUUUAUAUUUUAUUUAUAAAAUAACAUUUUUUAAUAUAAUAGACUGGUAGAUAU